AAUCUUGCUUGCUUCAGGAACAAAACUUCCUGUUGGCACGGUGAAGGUUUUUCUCUGAGUGACUGGGCGCAACAGAAGCUGCUAUAAAGGCCGCUAGAGUAGUUGAAAAGCAUAACAGUGAUUGCUUUCCAAGAGUGGACUUUGUCCGUAGCUGUUCAAGGGUUCGUGUCAAUUUGCAAUAGCCAUCUUGUUUCACAAUCCACCGAUUUACUUGGCAAGCUAUUAAGGAAGCAGAUGGUUGGAAGACACAGCCUUGUGAGCUGUCAAAAAAGGAGACAAAGCCAGACGGUGAUUCUUGCUAUAUCACCUCCAAAUGCCUAGAGGACUGGGGAUACAUCGCAAAUUGAAGAUUAGGCUCUCCAGAUGCAGUCUAGCUAUUUUGCUAGUUUCCUCCUUAUUUCCCCAAAUGUGUGACGCGGCCGUGUCAAGACCCAACAUUUUGUUGAUAAUGGCGGAUGACCUUGGCUAUGGUGAUUUGGGAUGUUUUGGUAAUGAUACGCUCAGGACUCCUAAUAUUGACCAGCUAGCAAGGGAAGGAGUGAAGCUUACUCAGCAGAUUGCUGCAGCUUCGCUUUGUACCCCAAGCAGAGCAUCUUUUCUGACUGGCAGAUACCCCAUCAGAUCAGGUAUGGUGUCCAUACAUGGGACCCGUGUCAUCACAUGGGCUGGUGCUUCUGGAGGACUCCCUGCUAAUGAAACAACAUUUGCUAAGUUAUUGCAGCAACAGGGCUACACCACGGGCCUUAUAGGAAAAUGGCACCAAGGCAUGAACUGUGAAUCCCACAAUGACCACUGCCACCACCCUUUAAACCAUGGCUUUGAUUACUUCUAUGGCACACCUUUCACACUUGUGAAUGAAUGCCAGGCUAACAAGGAUCCUGAGAUAAACGUCCAACUGCAAGCUACGUAUUGGUUUUACACCCAGAUGGCAGCUCUUUUGGUGUUCACUCUUGUGCUGGGACAAACUACCGGUUUGUUCUAUGUGAAAUGGAAAAUAAUUGCCUUCACUGCUUCAUGUGGUGUCCUAUUUUUCAUCUCCUGGUUUGCCAAUUAUGGAUUUGUAAGGUACUGGAACUGCAUCAUGUUGAGAGAUCGCACCAUUACUCAGCAACCAAUAAAGCUGGAAAAUGCUGCCUCCAGGAUAUUGAAAGAGUCGAUCUCAUUUAUUAAACGAAACAAACAAGGACCGUUCCUCCUCUUUGUUUCUUUGUUACAUGUCCACACACCCUGUUUCAGCACAAAGAGUUUUCAUGGAAAAAGCAGGCAUGGUUUAUAUGGAGACAAUGUAGAGGAAAUGGAUUGGAUGGUGGGAAAAAUUCUUGCUGCUGUUGACAAAGUGGGCUUGAGGAACAACACUUUUACUUACUUUACUUCUGACCACGGCGGCUUUUUGGAGGCUAGACAGGGUGUUACCCAGCUAGGUGGCUGGAAUGGUAUAUACAAAGGUGGAAAAGGUAUGGGAGGCUGGGAAGGAGGAAUCCGUGUGCCUGGAAUAGUUCGCUGGCCAGGGAUAGUCCCCGCUGGCAGUGUUAUUGAUGAACCAAUAAGUCUUAUGGAUAUUUUCCCAACAGUGGCUCACUUAGCUGGGGCAUCGAUUCCACAAGACAGGGUGAUUGAUGGAAGGAACCAGAUAGCUUUGCUACAGGGAGAAGUGCAGCACUCAGAGCAUGAAUUCAUGUUUCACUACUGUGGGUCGUACUUGCAUGCGGUGCGCUGGUACCAGAGAGAGAGUGGUCCAGUAUGGAAAGUUCAUUACACGACACCGAUAUUCAACCCCAAAGGUGCAGGAGCCUGUUAUGAAAAAGGGUUAUGCCCAUGUUCUGGAGAAGGUGUAACACAUCAUGAUCCUCCUCUGCUGUUUGAUCUCUCAAGAGACCCAUCAGAGGCCAUGCCUCUUUCACCGGACACGGAGCCCUUGUUCCACACAGUCCUAAAGCACACAGACAGAGCUGUGGAGGAGCAUCGCAAGACCAUCACUCCGGUCCCACAGCAGCUCUCUCUUGGAAACAUUAUGUGGAAACCAUGGCUGCAGCCAUGCUGUGGGACCUUCCCAUUCUGUUGGUGUGACAAUGAAGAAAGUGAUACCCAUUCAUAUAAAGUGGGCUAGCAAAAA